CGAACCAGGACAGCUCCCAAGUACCCACGCGCUUUCGACUUGGGUCAAAUGCGCGCCUCGGGCCCUAGUGCGCGUGCGCGCUUGUGGCUCCGCCCCUUUCCCUGGAGCUACUUCCUCAUGCUGCCCGCUCGCCUACCAUUCAGGCUGCUGAGCCUUUUCCUUCGUGGAUCCGCUCCCACUGCAGCGCGCCAUGGCCUCCGGGAGCCGUUCCUGGGGAGGAGGUGCGCUGCCGCCUCCUCCUUCCAGCACUCAUCGAGUCUGGGACGCGAGCUUCCUCAUGACCCCGUGGACACGAAGGGCUUUGGAGAAGGUGCUGACACGCAAGAGCGUUUUCUGUUUCCGGAGUACAUCCUGGAGCCGGAGCCGGAACCCACCCGCGAAAAGCAGCUGCAGGAGCUCCAGCAACAGCAGGAGGAGGAACGACAGAGGCAGCAGCGGCGGAAGGAGCGGCGACAGCAAAACCUACGGGCCAGGCCCCGGGAGCACCCGGUCGUGGGGCACCCGGACCCGGCAGUGCCGCCCAGCGGUGUGAACUGCUCGGGCUGCGGGGCAGAGCUGCAGUGCCAGGACCCCGGCGUGCCCGGCUACCUGCCCCGAGAGAAGUUCCUCCGCACGGCGGAGGCAGACGGCGGGCUGGCGCGGACCGUGUGCCAGCGCUGCUGGCUGCUGGUGCACCACCGGCGCGCUCUACGCCUGCAGGUGAGCCGCGAGCAGUACCUGGAGCUGGUGAGCGCCGCGUUGUGGCGGCCCGGGCCCUCCCUGGUGCUCUACAUGGUGGACCUGCUGGACCUGCCCGACGCCCUGCUGCCCGACUUGCCCGCGCUGGUGGGCCCCAAGCAGCUGAUCGUGCUGGGAAACAAAGUGGACCUCCUGCCCCAGGAUGCUCCUGGCUACCGGCAGAGGCUGCGGGAGCGACUGUGGGAGGACUGUGCCCGCGCCGGGCUCCUGCUGGCCCCUGGCCACCAAGGGCCACAGCGCCCCGUCAAGGACGAGCCACAGGACGGGAAGAAUUCGAAUCCGCCGAACUGGUCCCGCACGGUGGUCAGGGACGUGCGGCUGAUCAGCGCCAAGACUGGCUAUGGAGUGGAAGAGUUGAUCUCUGCCCUUCAGCGCUCCUGGCGCUACCGUGGGGACGUCUACUUAGUGGGCGCCACCAACGCCGGCAAAUCCACUCUCUUUAACACGCUCCUGGAGUCCGAUUACUGCACUGCCAAGGGCUCCGAGGCCAUCGACAGAGCCACCAUCUCCCCUUGGCCGGGUACUACAUUAAACCUUCUGAAGUUUCCUAUUUGCAACCCAACUCCUUACAGAAUGUUUAAAAGGCAUCAAAGACUUAAGAAAGAUUCAACUCAAGCUGAAGAAGAUCUUAGUGCGCAAGAACAAAAUCAGCUUAAUGUCCUCAAAAAGCAUGGUUAUGUCGUAGGAAGAGUUGGAAGGACAUUCUUCUAUUCAGAAGAACAGAAGGAUAACAUUCCCUUUGAGUUUGAUGCUGAUUCACUUGCCUUUGACAUGGAAAAUGAACCUGUUAUGGGUACACACAAAUCCACCAAACAAGUAGAAUUGACUGCACAAGAUGUGAAAGAUGCCCACUGGUUUUAUGACACCCCUGGAAUUACAAAAGAAAAUUGUAUUUUAAAUCUUCUAACAGAAAAAGAAGUAAAUAUUGUUUUGCCAACACAGUCCAUUGUUCCAAGAACUUUUGUGCUUAAACCAGGAAUGGUUCUGUUUUUGGGUGCUAUAGGCCGCAUAGAUUUCCUGCAGGGAAAUCAGUCAGCUUGGUUUACAGUCGUGGCUUCCAACAUCCUUCCUGUGCAUAUCACCUCCUUGGACAGGGCAGAUGCUCUGUAUCAGAAGCAUGCAGGUCAUACGUUACUCCAGGUUCCAAUGGGUGGAAAGGAACGAAUGGCAGGAUUUCCUCCUCUUGUUGCUGAAGACAUUAUGUUAAAAGAAGGACUAGGGGCAUCUGAAGCAGUGGCAGACAUCAAGUUUUCCUCUGCAGGUUGGGUUUCAGUAACACCUAAUUUGAAGGACAGACUGCAUCUCCGAGGCUAUACACCUGAAGGAACAGUUUUGACCAUCCGGCCCCCUCUCUUGCCAUAUAUUGUCAACAUCAAAGGACAGCGCAUCAAGAAAAGUGUGGCCUAUAAAACCAAGAAGCCUCCUUCCCUUAUGUACAACGUGAGGAAGAAGAAAGGAAAGAUAAAUGUAUGAGAUCGACCUUGUUCACUGCAGAUAUUAACUGUAUUGAACACAACAAAAUACACUGAAAUUGUAUUAAACAUAUAAAACAUAAA